AUGGGGGGCAGGUCCGCGAACAAAGCCGCUUACUUCGAUAAGCUGAAGGCGCUGCUUGAUGAGUACCGCUCGGUCCUCAUCGUCACUGUCGACAAUGUCAGCUCCCAGCAGAUGCACGAAAUCCGCCUCAGCCUGAGAGGCGAGGCCGUUGUCCUCAUGGGAAAGAACACCAUGGUUCGCCGUGCCAUCAAAGGCUUCGUCGCAGAUAACCCGGAAUAUGAGCGUCUUUUGCCUCACGUCAGGGGUAAUAUAGGUUUCAUUUUCACCAACGCUGACUUGAAAGAGGUCAGACAGAAGGUGCUUUCAAACAGGAUUGCUGCCCCUGCUCGUGCCGGUGCCAUCGCUCCUUUGGAUGUCUAUGUCCCCGCUGGGAACACCGGCAUGGAACCCGGUAAAACCUCUUUUUUCCAGGCUCUCGGUGUCCCUACCAAGAUUGCUCGUGGUACCAUUGAAAUUACCACUGAUCUGAAGCUCGUUGAGGCUGGCUCGAAAGUCGGUGCUUCCGAAGCCACGCUCCUCAACAUGCUGAACAUCUCUCCGUUUACCUACGGUAUGACUGUGGCUCAGAUCUACGAUGACGGCCAGACCUUCAGCCCCGAUGUUUUGGACGUUGGUGAGGAGCAGCUGUUGUCCAGCCUCCAGUCUGCCAUCCGGACCAUCACCACCAUAUCUCUGGCCACAAACUUCCCCACCCUGCCAUCCGUCAUGCAUUCGGUUGUCAACUCUUACAAGAACAUGAUUGCGAUUGCGCUCGAGACGGAAUACGGAUGGAGCGAGAUCGAAGAGCUCAAGGAUCGCAUUGCCAACCCUGAGGCCUAUGCUGCUGCCGCCCCUGCUGCCGAAGCUGCAAAGGGAGAAGAGACAAAGGAGGCUGCCAAGGAGGAGUCGGAGGCUGAGGAAAGCGAAGAUGAAGGAGGGUUUGGUGACCUUUUCGGUUAA